GUUACAAAAUUUUGACAGUAGGUGACAGAGAUAUAUUAUAUUGGUAGUCCGUGAAUUUGACAUUAAAAAUCAAAAUUGUACUGACGAAGCUAUAAAAAUAUACAUGGAUGUUAUUUCAUAAUGUCGAGAAAUAAAUCUAUGUUGUUGAGAGUACAGUCUUCGGAAGGUACCAGAAGGAUUGAAAUACGUAGUUCCGCGACUACAUGUCAAUUGUUCGAAGCCGUUCAUGACGCCUUUGAUUUGAAUAGUUUCGCUUUCGCUUUAUACAAAGAAAAAAACAGAAAAAAUGAAAUAUCCAGUAGCAAGUCUACUAGUUUACUUUCUGUUGGUUUACACCAUGGGGAUAUGAUAUAUUUAGCUCCUGUAAAUGGAGCUGUAUUAUUUAGUAAUAUUUCUUCGGGGGAACCAGUUGAUGAAGCCGUUGCUUCUACGAGCUCUCCGCCUUCUACGAGCACGGCAACUCUGUCAGGUGCUAGACCGAAAAGUGGUUCAAAUAGACCAAAUUUGAAUAUAAAAGAAGAUGAUGUUGACAUCCAAUUAAUGAAAACUGAUGGGAAGAUACAACGACCAAGAGAUGAUAAACUCUGUCGCCAUAACAACAACUCCAGAUGUGUUCAUUGUUCAUCACUAGAACCCUUCGACGAGUCGUAUUUGAAAGAACAUAACAUCAAACAUCUUUCUUUCCAUUCUUAUUUACGUAAAAUGAUGUCUGGUGUUGACCGCGGUAAAUUUUUGGCCCUAGAAGACAUAUCUUGUCAUAUCAAAGAAGGAUGCAAGGACCAUCCUCCAUGGCCUAAAGGAAUCUGUUCUAAAUGCCAACCAAAUGCUAUUACAUUGAAUAUGCAGGCGUACCGACAUGUAGAUAAUGUUACUUUUGAAAACACAGAUUUGGUUGAAAGAUUCUUAAACUAUUGGAGAAUUACAGGACAUCAACGCAUCGGUUUUCUCUAUGGAUAUUAUGAAAUACACUCAGAUGUUCCUUUAGGAAUCAAAGCAAAUGUUGCAGCAAUAUAUGAACCUCCCCAGGAAAGUUCGAGGGACUCCAUUAAUCUACUUCCAGAUGAUAGAGAAGAAAUAGUUGAACAAACAGCAGCGUCUUUAGGGUUAAGACGUGUAGGAUGGAUAUUUACCGAUCUGUUAGCUGAAGACGUUCAAAAAGGCACAGUUAAAUACGUCAGAAAUAUCGACAGUCAUUUAUUAUCUUCGCAGGAAUGUAUUAUGGCAGGGCAUUUCCAAAAUAUUUAUCCAAAUUAUAGUAGAUACGCUUCGAAAGGAAUAUUUGGCUCGAAAUUUGUAACUGUUUGUGUUACAGGGGAUAAAGCGAAUCAAGUCCACAUGGAAGGUUAUCAGGUGUCCAAUCAGUGUAUGGCGUUGGUCCGCGACAAUUGUCUUCUACCUACUAAAGAUUGCUCGGAAUUGGGCUACGUAAGGGAAUCUUCAGAUAAACAGUAUGUACCGGACGUCUUCUACAAGGAAAAAGAUUCGUACGGAAAUGAAGUUUCUCGUUUAGCUCGACCACUGCCAGUAGAAUAUCUGUUAGUCGAUGUUCCAGCUUCGACUCCAGUUACUCCCCAACGAACUUUCAAUACCGAUCCAUCCAAACAACCAUUUCCAGUUGAAAAUCGCCUCGUCGAUGGUUAUAUUCAAGAUUUUAACGCACUUUCGACUUAUCUGUCACAAUUCGCGUUUGACGAAUUUUUAAUAGCUAUAAACGAUUUCCAUUUACUUUUAUAUAUAUCCACAAUGGAGAUGUUGCCUAUGCGGGAAUAUAUAGAACCUUUACUCACCGCUCUUAGAAAUAAGGAUAAAGAAGCCGCCGAUGAGUGGUCGAGAUCUGAACAUUGGGCAACUUUAGAGCAAUUAAUAGCCGCCAGUUCUCCACCGCCUUCGAGACCAGGAAGUGUGGCUUCCGGUGUUAUACCGACGUCACCUGGUAGUUCGAGCGGACCGAAAUGGACGUGCCCCUUUUGUACUUUUCUUAACAAUUCCGAUGUGCAAAACUGCGAAAUGUGCAACUUACCACGUUCGAGUAGACCGCAUUGAGAUUGAUAUAGAGAUGUCCGGAAAAAAAAGUGAUUUAAGAAUCAUUUUAUCGUUUGAAGAAUCGCUUAAAUUCGAUAAUAACUUGUUAGAGUGUGAAGUAAACUUGAAAAAAAAAAAAUAAAUAGUCGAUAAGAAUUUUUUAAAAAACGGAUAUGAAUAUUUUUCUAAAUUGAAAUUUAAUUUUUUUGGUUUUUAUGGUGGAGAAUUUCAUAUCGCCUUGUAUAUAAUAGUUUUUCUUUUCUUGUAAACAUAAUUUAACUUAUAUGUAUGGUGAAAUAGUAAAAUAAAUAUUUGGUUCAAAA